UCGCCACGUGUCGCGGCGGCUGCGCAGGCGGCGGCGGGGCGGGGCGGCGCGGCCGGGCCGGCGGCGCGGGAAGAUGGCGGCCGGGAUCCGGGAGAAGCAGACAGUGGCUUUGAAACGUAUGCUGAACUUCAAUGUUCCCCCAGUUAAAAACAGCACAGGAGAACCAGUAUGGAAGGUUCUCAUUUAUGACAGAUUUGGCCAAGAUAUCAUCUCACCUUUGCUGUCAGUGAAAGAGCUGAGGGAUAUGGGGAUCACUUUGCAUCUGCUUUUGCAUUCAGAUCGGGAUGCUAUUCCAGAUGUUCCAGCUGUUUACUUUGUAAUGCCAACAGAAGAAAAUAUUGACAGAAUGUGCCAGGAUCUUCGAAACCAGCUUUAUGAGUCUUACUAUUUAAACUUCAUUUCUGCCAUUUCAAGAAGUAAACUGGAAGAUAUUGCAAAUGCUGCUAUUGGUGCUAAUGCAGUAACUCAAGUGGCUAAGGUGUUUGAUCAAUAUCUUAAUUUUAUUACUUUAGAAGAUGAUAUGUUUGUAUUGUGUAACCAAAACAAAGAACUUGUUUCAUACCGUGCCAUUAACCGACCAGAUAUAACAGACACAGAAAUGGAAACUAUAAUGGACACUAUUGUUGAUAGUCUCUUCUGUUUUUUUGUUACACUUGGCGCUAUACCUAUAAUCAGAUGCUCAAGAGGAACUGCAGCUGAAAUGGUGGCAGUGAAACUGGAUAAGAAGCUGAGAGAGAAUCUAAGAGAUGCCAGAAACAGUCUUUUUACAGGUGAUACACUUGGAGCUGGCCAAUUCAGCUUCCAAAGGCCCUUAUUAGUCCUUGUUGACAGAAACAUAGAUUUAGCAACUCCUCUACAUCAUACGUGGACAUACCAAGCUUUAGUGCAUGAUGUUCUGGAUUUCCAUUUGAAUAGAGUUAACUUGGAAGAAUCAGCAGGAACAGAAAGUACUCCAGCAGGUGCUAGACCUAAGAAAAAAAAUAAGAAGUCCUAUGAUUUAACUACAUCUGAUAAAUUCUGGCAAAAGCAUAAGGGCAGUCCUUUUCCAGAGGUGGCCGAGUCUGUUCAGCAAGAACUGGAAUCUUACAGAGCCCAAGAAGAUGAAGUCAAAAGACUUAAAAGUAUCAUGGGCAUUGAAGGGGAGGAUGAAGGAGCAAUAAGUAUGCUUUCAGAUAAUACAGCUAAGCUAACUUCAGCUGUCAGCUCUCUUCCAGAACUUCUGGAAAAGAAGAGGCUCAUUGAUCUUCAUACGAAUGUUGCAACAGCUGUUUUGGAGCACAUAAAGAGUCGAAAGCUGGAUGUGUAUUUUGAAUAUGAGGAAAAAAUAAUGAGCAAAUCCACUCUGGAUAAAUCUCUUCUGGACAUGAUUUCUGACCCAGAUGCAGGAACUCCUGAAGACAAAAUGCGAUUAUUUCUCAUCUAUUACAUAAGCUCAGCUCAGGCACCUUCAGAGAUUGACUUGGAGCAGUAUAAAAAAGCAUUGAUGGAUGCAGGUUGUAAUCUCGCUCCUUUGAGCUACAUAAAACAAUGGAAAGCUUUCACUAAGAUGGCUUCAGCUCCAACCAGCUAUGGAAAUGCUACACCUAAACCUUUGGGUCUGUUUUCACGUGUUAUGAAUACAGGAUCACAGUUUGUAAUGGAAGGAGUGAAGAACUUGGUACUGAAGCAACAAAAUCUGCCGGUCACACGUAUUUUGGACAACCUUAUGGAGAUGAAGUCAAACCCUGAGACAGAUGACUACCGGUAUUUUGACCCCAAGAUGCUGCGAGGCAGUGACAGCUCAGUUCCAAGAAAUAAAAAUCCAUUCCAGGAGGCCAUAGUGUUUGUAGUUGGAGGAGGCAACUAUAUUGAAUAUCAAAAUCUUAUUGACUACAUAAAGGGUAAACAAGGCAAACAUGUCCUGUAUGGCUGCAGUGAACUUUUUAAUGCCACACAAUUUAUAAAACAGCUGUCCCAACUUGGCCAGAAAUAAGACUGAAACACCAUUACCUGGAUGGAAACAUGGCAACAGAGAAUUGUUACAACAUUCAGAUAUCUUCAUAUCUUUAAUUUUGUCCUUAUAUUAAAACUUAAACCUAUUUCAUUAAUAUGAUAACUUUAAAAAAAUGUGUAAUUAAUACGGUGUAUAUCAGCAUUUCAGAAAUAAAACUUAAAACCAC